AUGGGGCAAGCUUCGCUUGCAAUCUUUUAUGUUGUGUUUGCCAUCCUCACCAUCUUCUUGAACACAGAGUUCAUCGGCACCUGGAAUGCCAAUGCCAUCUAUCGCACAAUUUCGACUGCACUUGCUGCAUAUCCUUUCCAUGAUCCAGAUCAUGGAGGCAACGCAACUUCAACCAGGCAUGUAGAGCACGUCCAGGAUCCGGAGCAGGUCUACCACUGGCUGAAGACGUCGCUCAAGCCGGUGAUCUUUAGCGAACAAGAGCCGAUGUCGAGCCGAGAUGGCUGGGGGAAUUGGUCAUCUUGGAACUACAGCGUCACUCCCUCUACAAUUGGCAGCUUCAACCGCAUUGUUUUAGCUCGCUUCACGUUCAAGCGUUGGGCGGUCGUGCCAACAGUUGGACAGUUCAGUUCAUCGACGCCGAACCGACUUGCGGGCUUUGGACGGACCAUGAGUCCCUUCUCUGAAAGUGCUGAUGAGGACAAGGCGGACAUGUGCUUACCUGGACAGAACGCCACGUCUGACAAUUGCUACGCAUGGGAGACCCAGUAUGCUUUCGACCAUGCUGGAGGCUACGUGAGCUUCUUUGAUCCAAUGGAAGGUGCUCAAGCCUAUGACGUAUUGUUAGACAACAUGCAUCAAGCCAACGCCUUCGAUCUGAGAUUGGCUGCCUUCACGGUGGAUUUCAUCGUGUACAAUGCCAACGUAGAUAUGUUCGUCCAGUUUGUGUUGAUGUUUACGUUCGAUUUUGCCGGAAACAUCAAGUUGACACAGAUUGCACGGAGCUUUAACCUCAACGUUUUCAACACGAACGUGACGCUGUAUCUUGCUUUUUAUGUCAUUCGCAUAACCUGUGUUGUGAUGCUUGCCAUCUUCCUCCUGAUUGAGUUUCGGCGCAUGUGGGACUUGGGCUUCCUCCAGCACUUCAGGCGGCAGGGCGCAGCAACAGACUUGGUCUCCAUCACCGUGUCCUUGGGAGUUUUCUUAUCCUACUGGGUGAUCGAGCAGAUGCCGCCGUUUGCCCAGUUCCAAUUCGAGGCAUGGUCAAUCUUCGUUUUGCUUGCGAUGCUGAUGUUCUAUGCUGAUCGAUUUUGCAGGACCUGCAAGACGCGAAUACAAGAGCGACUUGACAGCAAAGUGGCGGAUGCUCUUCCACGCAUGUCAAGUUUGCGUUGUUGCCUUGUGCUCCGUUCGUUGCGCCAUCGCUUUGUCGUGUUUCUCUCAGGUCACAAGGGCAUGGUCAGCCUUCACAGUGAGUUCAAGCUGAGUGGCAAAACUCAGAUGGAGUCGCAGUUUAAGACCCGAGAUGAUCAACUCCUCGAGCUUGCAUCAAAUUUGAAGGGUGACAUUUCAGCUUGCCCUGGCCUGGACGCAACACUGGUCCUAAAUGUCUCCCUGCCGAACUUCGUGGCCUUCUUCGGCAUGUUCAUGAUGCUGCAGGCCGGCUUCGUGCUGAUGAGCUUCUUUGCUUUCGGAUCCGGGUAUCUCGGCAUGAGCGAGGUUGGCCUCUGCAUCUACAAGAGCUUCUCGAUGUUGGCGGGUGAUUUGGUUUUUGAUGAGAUCUACAUGGUAGAUGAGAUCCUGGGGACGAUUUACUUCUUUUUUUUCUACAUCCUGUUCUACCUGGUGCUCAUCAAUAUCUUUGUGACUUUGCUGAUGAGCGGAUAUGAUGUUGUUGAUUACGAACUGCAGAAGAAGGGCCUCAAUGAGAAGGAGAAGAACCCAAUCAUCUUAAUCUUCGAGGAGCUCAAGGCAGAUGUUGUUGGCAACAUGCUGAAAUAUGGCGCUACAUUCAUCAAGUACGCGACCAUUUGCCUGGACCCCAUUGUGGUUUCCAUUAAGGCACCUCCGGCAGAGUGCGUGUUUCUUCUGCUCACCUCCAGCGUUCUUGAUGCCUGGGCAGAGGUGCUGCGCCGGGGCUUCCGUGAUUCUGGUGAGUGUUGUGCUGUUUCAAUUGGAUGCAAGGGCUGCGUGGCCGCAGGGUACACUGCUGGUGCAGAUCAUGUGCAGCGAAAGGCGUCACAAACUGGCGGCAUCGACCUGCGGACUUGCCCGAGCCUUCGAUCGCAGUGUGUUGCGGUGCGUAAGUCGUUAGAGGUGUGGAUCAGUUUGAUGACGUUGCAGGGCCGAGGCGUUGACAGCUUCCUGGCCUCUAAGGUGACGCUGCAUGAAAGUGCCCUGGAAGUGAUGUUCUCCAACAUUGACGACAACAUCAAGAGCUUCGACAACAUCCACACCUUCUCGGAGGUCAAGCCCUGGGCGGAAGCAGCAAUUGUCGGGCUCUACAACAACCCUACGUGUGCUGAGAAGACUGUCUCUGGCAGCAAUUGGCAAAGCAGUGCCGUAUGCAACAGCGCAAACAACUCGCAGCAGCUCAUUAAUCGAGUUGCCAACUGGAACAUUGGCUUUUUGAACACCACCUUCGUGCGGCUGACAGUUCAACCCGCCUGCUUCGUCGCAACUUCAUCUCACUGGGCUUCCGGGUCACCCACUUUGCGAAAGACACCCAACGUGGAGUGCUGGAAUGCGGUUUGCACAGACGUGUUCUCGCAAGAGCCGUGCAGAACUGCAGAUGGACAGAUUCUGGACGCGCAAAGCCUGUCAAGUGCCAUAAACCUCACGUCUCAGCUUCCGGACACCUUCAGAUUUCAGUACGACUCGCCCUCCAAAGAUCUGGGGCCGUUUCGGAUGUUGGGCGGCCUGGCCUUUAGUCUAGGCGUCACUGCAGCUCAGUGCCAAGAGAUGCUCUCACUCCUCGAUGCCGACAGAUGGUUCAGUGAAAACUCCGCCUCCAUGGUUUUUGACUGGAUCAGCUACAACGGCAACAUGGAUUUGUUCACACACAAUGUUGUGGGCUUUAGUCUUAUGCGGACUGGCGUGAUGAUCAGAUCUGCAGAGUCCAAGACCUUCCCGAUGAACGUCGACACGGGAGGUGGGUACUUCAGCUUGCAGUCCUUCGUCCUCCUGCUGUUUGGCAUUUACGCAACCCUGCUCCUGUAUCACAUCGUCGAGAUGUGUCGCACCAUCCACAAGGAGUUCAAAAGGUCUCGCUACAUGCAAAGGUCCUUCUUCAAGUUUCUGACGGAUUUCGUGUCGCACUCGUGGAAUGUGGUGGAGUUGCUGUCUUUACUAAUCUCCUCCGCAACUUUCGUGACCUUCAUUGUGUUUGUGAUGAACACAUUUAGAUCCCAGUACCGGUUCAGCGUGGAUGAUCUUGCGAAGUAUGUCGUGCCCAACAACGACGCAAAGACCUUUGCAAUGCCACAGGCAGUCGACCCAGUGCGAUAUUUGGAGGACGAUUGGUAUUUCUUCAAGGAGUUCGAGCAAGUACAGGGCAUUUACAGCAUUUUUCUGCAGUUCGCUGCGCUGAAUAGCCUCUUCAUUGCCAUCAAGACUAUCAAGAUAGUCAACAGGUUUGGCACGGUGAGCAAAUUUAGCCAGACCUUGGCAAGGGGCAGGAGCCGGAACCUGUACUUUCUCAUCGUGAUUAAGCUGCAGAUGGUCGGCUUUGCCCUGGCAAUGACAGUGAUCUUUGGCACAAUGGUGGAGGGCUUCAGCAGCCCCAUCGCAACCAUGGGAUCGCUGCUUUAUUGGGUUUGCGGCUGGGCAGACCUGGAUCCACUCCUGCAGGCGAGCCCUAUAGUCUCGAUCCUGUUCUUCGUUGCUUUCAUCGUCAUAUUCCGGUUCAUCAGUACAAACAUGUUCUUGGCCACCCAGCUCAACACUUUUGCUGACUUGGUUGGCGACAGCGAUAUUCUUGCAGCCAAGCGUGCUGCCAGCGCCAAAACGGGAAUCAAGGAGGUCAAGUACCACAGCAAGAAGGAGCUCCAGGCAGUCACCAGGGAGAAAAGAGAUGGCCCCGGUGAGACCUUGCGCUCCUACUCACGGAAGAAGGAGGGAGGGGGAGCGGCCCCAGAGCAGGAUGAGUUUGCAGAGCAGUUCGUUCGUGCUUCCCUGUAUGUGAGCGGGGACAUGGCACGGCAAAGGGGCACAGGGGCCAACAAGCUGGUGAAGUGGUCUUCAAAAGGCAUGCACAUCAAAAAGAUUAGCAUCGAGGACAACAUGAUAAGCAUCAACGGAAAGUACAACAUCAGAAAAAGGCUCCAAAAGCGAGUGCAGCUCCGCACUUUGCAGAUCGAGGUUCCAAAAGCUUGUGCACUUGGCCACCACGAGGCUCCAAAAGUGAUCACAGUGCUGCGCUUGGUCAUCAGGCAACGAAAGUUAUGCUGGGUGAGGGUCGCGCAGCUCCCAUAUCCCAACCCCAGCAGCACCUUUCAUGCAGUUCAACCGGUAUUCUACGCGGUGCCGCGGUGCAUGCGCAGUGCGGCCGUGUGGGCGGAGGGUGCUGGGAGGGUCAAAUGGAACACCACAACCCGGAAGCAAUGCCGUCCACAUGAUAGUGCGGCGAUUGCACCGAGCCCCGACAACCCAUGCAAGCCUAAGAUCUUGACAUCCGAAAGCAAUUUAGCUGCAAAGGACGACUUAGAGCUGGAACGCCAUGGUGAGAACCAGGCCGGACGCAGCAAGAAUGAUGGAGCAGAAGUCACCGGCCUGAGACAGGUUUUUGUCAAGAAGAUCCUUGGACCGGGCCCAGCUCUGCAGAAGAAUGUUCUGGUUGGUGACGUGGUGUCCAAGGCCACAGCAAGUGCCCAUGGUUGGGCAUGGAAUUGUUCUUGUGCGACCUGCAUCAAGGUGAAUAAGCAAAAGAUAGAAUGGAGAAGUUAUCUGUCGGAAGAGGAGAACGAGCACAUUGAGCUGCUCGGACGGAGCAUCAUCACCACCUAUCUUGCCAACUGA